UUUAAUGUUUUGGAGAAUGAAAUAAAGUGUUUCAACAGAAUUUGGAGUUUCGUCCGUUGAUUAGACAAGCUGUCGUUCUGUUCUUCCAUGGCCAUAACACCUGAACAACUUGAAAAACUCGCUUUUAUGGAAGCGCCAAAUAAACAUUGCAGUGCAAGUGAGAAGUUUACUGAAAGGUACAAGCCUGUAUCGACUACUACUUCUUUCCAGAAAGUAAAAGAACGAAGUAUUGGAAAAGCUGUAUAUACCUGUCGUCGAUGUAGCUUUGUCCUCUUUCGUGACGUAGACCUGAUCGAGCACAAAGAAUACAAGGCGCAGACCAGACUGGUAGAGGGACAAAUAGAAGAAAAAGGGAGCGCGGAGAAUCCUAGUUGUAGUGCGUUGUUUCUUCAACAAGUACCUUGGUCUCAAGAUCUUUCGAACGAUGAAGGAAAAUUGAGUUGUCCCAAGUGUAAGUGUAGAAUAGGAAGUUAUACUUGGUUUGGUGAAAAGUGCUCGUGUGGAAACUGGGUAACUCCAUCUUUGAAAAUACCGAAAAGAAGAGUCGACUGUAAGAUUGAGAAGUAAUUUAUUUCCGAGAAGUUCUUUUUAUUAUAGCGUCAUCAAACUAGUCACAUUCGGUUCGUUUGAAUCUUUAGUGCUUUCUAGCUCGCUCUUUUCUGUUAGAGCUUUUCUGUUAGCAAAAGCUCGAUUUUGAAGAAGAUUUUCUUUAGUUGCUUGUUCGCUUGUGUAUAUAUCUUUUUCAACGUUUGAUUUUGGAGACUUGUUGGGUUGGCGCAGAAGAAAAGUGUAAGUAUUUUGCAUUCAAAAGAGAUCUUCCAAAUAGCUUGCUUAAGACAACAAGGAUACUGUAAUAUUCCAAGCAAUUGCACAUUAUUUAUGUCUAUAAUCAUUGCGAUAAAACAAAUGUGGUGAAGGGAUACUCCCAGUCGUACUUAUCGUUUGUGGUCUCUUGUAGUGAACGACAAAUUGUUUUCUUAUCAGUACCGAGAUUCCAAACAAAUGAAAUGUGGUGAAUUCGUAUAUAUACUUUGCCAACUACCAAGUCAAUGAGUACAACAAUCUCUUUAAUAAACAAUUCUUAUGGAUU